AUGCAUGGGAUCCGCAUGUUCGAAACUGGGUUUUCCGAUGGCGUUCCGGGCGUCACCCAGUGUCCUAUUGCUAAAAAUGACACCUACACUUAUGAGUUUACCGCAACCCAGUAUGGCACAACGUGGUACCAUAGCCACUAUAGUCUCCAAUACACGGAUGGCCUGCUUGGCCCGUUAACUAUUUACGGGCCUGCGUCGGUUGUCGAUUACGAUGAUGCCCUUGAACCGUUGAUGCUGGCGGACCGCAUCCACCAGGGUGCCUUCGGGAGGUGGACUUGGGUGACGGUGGAGAAUCACAACCCACCAAUUCCCAUGGAUACCAUUCUUAUCAAUGAUCACGGCAGUGCGGCUGGCAAAUUUCAGAACCUAAGAUACAGGACAAAGAAAGUCACUAAGGGCAAGAAAUACCUCCUUCGGCUGAUCAAUGCGUCCACCGAUACGGCCUUCAUUUUCAGUAUCGAUCAGCAUAAGAUGACAGUCAUCGGAACAGAUUUGGUGCCAAUCACUCCUUAUCUAAAGGACACACUAUAUAUUGGUAUUGGCCAGCGGUACCAUGUAAUUGUGGAAGCCGAUGCCAUAGAUGAGUGCCGGAAUUACUGGAUUCGGACUCAGCCUGCCACUGGUUGUCACAAUUUCAACUUCGAACCAAAUGAGAGGCAGGGUAUCUUCGUUUACAAUGAGGAUAAUCACGAUGAUCCCAUAUCCACUCCAUAUGUACCCCCAUACAACGGAGACUGUCGGGACGAGGAGCACAAGGUGUUGAGGCCCGUUGUCGAAUGGCAAGUGCCGCCGCCAACCCCAGACCAACUAAGAAAGGUUCAGUCACCCUGGAUGGUAUUAAAGCAAGACAACUUCACAAUGCCACCCGAAGAAGGGCAUGACGGUACAAACGACCCCAAAUGGAGCGCAUGGCAGAUUCACGAUGAUCCUGCCUGGGUAAACUACAAAGACCUGACAAUCAAUCACCUCAACGGAUCACACACGUGGCCAGCCAACGCUGCGUUAUUUGAAAUAAGAAGAAAUGAAAGCAACUGGGCAUACAUGGUGAUAGACGGCGCGCAUCAACCGAAAGAAUCAGGAACCCCCUUGGGAGAAAAGACGGUUCCUGCCGCACACCCUAUGCAUCUGCAUGGUCAUGACUUUGCUCUGCUGAAGCAAUCAUACACCAAACUCGACGACAAAUUAUUCGAUGGAAAUCAUACCGCGGAUUUGCAGAAGUUUAUAGAGACUGAACUAGAGUAUAACAAUCCGGCACGUCGCGACGUUGUCUUGUUACCCAAAGGUGGGUAUAUAGUGAUUGCGUUCAAGGUUGAUAACCCGGGCGCUUGGCUGCUCCAUUGCCACAUUGCCUAA